AUGCUUCACAAGUUAAAGAAGGAUGAUCAAGAGAAGUUAUCUAGUCAACAAGUAAUUACUGAACUUAAAGAUUGUAUUAAAGAAUUGAUUGAGAAUUCACUGGAUGCAGAAAGUUCAAAUAUUAUUAUAAAUUUGGGUGAUAAUGGAUCAUCAUAUAUUGAAGUUAUAGAUAAUGGUAGUGGGAUUAUAGAUUUAGAUAAAAUAGGAGGGCGUGGUAAUACAUCAAAACUAGAAAAUUUUGAGUCUUUAAAUGAAUCUUUAAAUACUCUAGGAUUUAGAGGCGAAGGACUUAAUUCUAUAAUAAAUUCUUGUAAAUCUGUAGUGAUUGAGACAUGUAUAAAAGAAGAUAAAGGAAUUACAAGGAGUAUUUAUUUUGAUAAGGCAAACAUUAGUGAGAAUAGAAACACUAUAAAUAAUCAUUCAUGGAUAAUUGGAGAAAGUGGGACAAAAGUUUUAGUUACAGGUUUUUUUUAUCUCUACAUAGCUCGUAGAAAACUAUUUUUACAACAAAAUAAAUUACAGCUAAAGAAUUUAAUUACUCUUAUUGAAGAAUAUGCUAUUUGUUAUCCUAAAGUAAGAUUUCUUCUUACCAAUACAAUGUUGACAAAUGAACAACGAACUAAAAUGGGACUUGUAAAUGAUUAUAAUUAUAGUAAAUAUAUUGAAGGUAAUUUGGCUAAUAAUAAAAAUAAUAGUACUGCAACCUUAAUUAUGACAUCUGGUUCUCAUACAACAACAGAAUUAAAAGUAGCUAAAUAUUUAUGGGGGGACUCUUUGUUAGAAGAUGCUAUAGAAAUUGAUAUUCAUGGUGAAUUAUCUAUUCCUAAAUAUAGAUAUAAUAAGAAUGUGGAUAACUAUAAUAAUAGCCCUGAUAUAAUUGGUGGGAAUUGGAGUAUAACAGGCUUUAUAUCUUCUAUAGAUAAAGGUCGUCCUUCUUCAGAUUAUCAAAUAUAUAUUGUUAAUAAUCGCCCAGUUAGUACUCUACGUACAUUUUCUCGAGCUAUUACUUCUAUUCAUAGAACUCUUUCAUCAUAUAUUAAUAAGAAAUGGUACCCUGUUUUUGUUUUAAAAAUAUCACUUCCUUCUUGUUUACUUGAUAUUAAUGUAACUCCUGAUAAACGGAUAAUAUUACUUCCAAAUAAUGUUGAAAUACUAUUAAUAGAUAAAUUGCAAUCUUUUUUAGUGGACAAACUUCAAAAUACAAUUCCAAUGAAGAAAUCUAACAUUAAGGUAUCUAGGAAAAAUAACACUAGUCAAGAGAAUGGAAAAGAGCCAAUAAAUAUACAAAACUGUAGAGAUAAUGAAGGGAAAUCAUCUUGUAUUACUACAUGUGAAUUAAAAAAUAAGGAUAAUAAUAUAAAUAGUGAUAUUGAUUAUAAAGAUUCUCCAAAUAAUGAGACUACUGAUAAAAAUAUCAAAGAUAAUGUAAAUUUAAGUCAAAGUUAUAUGUCUCAAGGUCUAAAAAAGAGAAGACAAUUAUUUGAAGUACAAGAUGAAAAAUUAAGUGAAGAUCAACACUAUAAUAAUACAAAAAAGUCUAUUAUAUAUGAAUGGAGUUCUUAUGAUACUCAUGAAAUUAUUACUAAUAAUAAAACUUUCCAGAUUAAAAAAAAUAGUUAUUUACCUCAAAGUACAAUUAUUGAAUACAAUUAUAACUGGUCUAUAAUCCGUAAUAGAUGGCAAUCUAUAUACUUGAAUGAUGAAAAAAGUGCAGAUGAAAAUAUAACUAAACAUACAUCAUAUACUCCAAAUAUUAAUUUAAAAAAUUGUAUAAAUAUAUCUGAAAAAAAUUUUUUAGAUGAACAUAAUAAUGAAUGUGUUGAAUUAUCUCCAGAAGUAAUUGAUUAUUCAGAGUCUCAAAUUCAAAAUAUGAAUUAUAUUACAAAUAAUAAGACUCACAAAGGUAAUUCAUGUAAUAAAUCAAUAAAUAAGACAUUAAAUAAAUGUUUUCAGUUUCAAAAACAUUUAUUUAAUGAUUUGAAAAUUGUUGGACAAUUUAAUAAAGGUUUUAUACUUGCAACUCUUUUUCAACCUGAAGUAUCCUCAUUUCAUUUAUUUAUCAUUGAUCAACAUGCAGCAGAUGAGAAGACUAAAUUUGAGAAGUAUAAUAAUGACUUAAGAAAUAUACAAACUCAAAAACUUUUAAGUCCUCUUCCAAUGACUCUAACACCUGCUCAAGAACAGACUGCCCUUACAUAUAAAGAUAUUUUUGAAUCAAAUGGAUUCAAGUAUGUCUUUAAUACAAAUUCUACUAUUGGAAAGCGUAUACAAUUAACUCAAAUCCCUAUUAUAAUGGGGUCACCUUUACAACAAUUUGACUUUUUAGAUCUGCUAACUCAAAUUACUAAAUAUAAGUUACAAGUUAAUUUUACUUCCCAUGAUAGUAUAAAUAUAGGUUUAGUCAAUGUCAGUAAACAAAUUAAAAAUUCUUGUACUGACACUAAUAUUACUAGUAGUCAAGGUAUAAAAAAUCUAGAAGAUACAGAAAGUGAUGAUGAAGAAGAUGUAGUAAUUGUUAUCAAUCAAGGAGCUAAUACUAAAUCUACAUUAUGGUGCCCAACUAAUCGUCUUCCUAGACCACAAAGAUUAUGGUCAAUCUUAGCAUCCAAAGCAUGUCGUAGAGCAGUUAUGGUUGGUGAUGAUCUAAAUCUCACUCAAAUGUCUAAAAUUAUAUAUAAUAUGUCAACCUUAAAGUCUCCAUGGAACUGCCCACACGGCAGACCUUCUAUUAGACAUUUAGGAAAUCUAACAGAUAUAUAA